CCUUCGAACUUCCUCGACGAUCCCCAAACCAAACCCUCUCAUCCCUCUAUAAAAACCCUAGUUCCACCGCCUUCAUCUUCAUCGAACACCGAGUGAUCAAUACCCAAUUCCAACAAGAUCUUCAUCAACCAAGCAAUCAAGUGAGUAAUCCAUCUAUGAAGCAAGCAUUAGGCAUCGUCCUCGCGAUCAGCGCGCUGGUUCCAUUUCUCGCCGCGCCGGCGUCGGCUUCACUCAUAGCACCUUUCCUGAAUCGGCAUGAUGCCCUUCUGUCCGACCCUUUCUCGGAUCCUUUCCGCGUUCUGGAGCACAUCCCGUUUGGCCUUGACCGCGACGACGUCCUCACCGUCUCUCCGGCCCGCGCUGAUUGGAAGGAAACCCCCGAUGCCCAUCUCAUCACCAUCGACGUUCCUGGGUUGAAGAAGGAUGAGCUGAAAAUAGAGAUAAUGGAAAACAGAGUAUUAAGAAUCAGUGGGGAGAGAAAGAGGGAAGAAGAGAAGAAGGAAGAUCAAUGGCACUGUGUGGAGAGGCUUCAUGGCCGGUUCUGGAGGCAGUUCAGGUUGCCGGAGAACGUGGACUUGGACUCCAUUUCGGCAAAGUUGGAUGAUGGUGUGCUCCAUGUCACACUGAAAAAGUUGGCGCCGGAGAAGAUCAAAGGUCCAAGGCUUGUUGAUAUUGCUGCAAAAACUAGUACAGCUGAAUUAGAAGGACAAGAUGAGGAGCAGUCAAAGAAGGUGGAGCUCUGAGUUUGAGGAGUUUAGUCUUUUUCUUUUCUAUUUUCUUUUCUUUUUGUCUCUUUUUGAAUGUGUUUGUGUGCAUGGCCGUUUGUGCUUGUUGAUCUUUGUUGUGCAUUGCCUUUUGACUACGUGUUGUAAUCUUCUCAUGAGAUGAUCCAAUGAAAUAAAAAUAUUGUA